AUGGUGGGAAAGAAGGCCGCUAAAAUUGACUUGUAUACGGACAACCGUACUGAGAAGGAAGCAGAUCAAAUGGACACAUGGGAUCAGGAAAAACUGGAAAAAGUGGUCAAUGAAAAGCACCACGAGAAACACACGAAGCAAACGGAAAUUGUGUGUAAAUACUUUUUGGAUGCAAUUGAAAAGUCGUUGUAUGGUUGGUUCUGGGUGUGUCCCAACGGUGGUACCUCAUGCAAGUACCGUCACGCACUUCCUGUUGGGUAUGUGUUCAAGUCGAAGAAGGAUCGUGAGCUUGAGAAGUCAAAAAAGAUGGUGGAGAUCUCUAUUGAGGAAAUCAUCGAACAGCAGCGUGCUAGGUUAGGUCCCAAUGGAGGCACACCUGUUACGGAGGAGUCACUUGCGAAGUGGAAGGCUGAUAAGCUGACGCGUAAGAAGACCGAGGAAGCAAAGCGGCUAAAAGAGCAAGCGAAGCGGACGGGCGGUCGCGGCGUCAUGAGUGGUCGUGCGCUAUUUACGUUCGACCCGACCUUAUUCCGUGAUGAUGCGGAUGCUGAUGAUGAGGCAUACUCUAUUCACAGUGAGGAAGAGGACGAUAACAACGAGGUCCCUGCCGUUGAUGCAGCAGCAGCAGUGAUGGACAAGAGCCUCUAUCUGCAAGACGUGGAUGAUCUUGAUUUGUUGAAGAAGUGA